GCGCCUUCAGAGCGGGUGGGCUCCACUCGGGAAGUUUUGCGCGAACGGGGAGCGGAGCGGAGCGGAGCUGAGGCCGGGCUGGGGCGGGAUGCUGGGUGCGGGGGGCGGCACUUGUACUGAGGAAGGGGUUGUACUGAGCCCCGGGAACGGUCAGCAGCCCCCUUCCCUCCCCCGCUGAAUCUGCGCAGGCACGGAUGGCAGCGUUUCCCGAAGUCCGCGGUCUGCCCACCGAUGAGGACGGAUCUCGGAUUCUACGAGUGAAGAUUUUAGCUGGAAUUGGCCUGGCGAAGAAGGAUAUUUUGGGAGCCAGUGAUCCAUAUGCUAAAGUGUCUCUAUAUGAUCCAAUAAAAGGAGAAGUCACCAGUGUUCAAACCAAAACUAUCAAGAAGACUUUAGAUCCUAAGUGGAAUGAAGAAUUUUAUUUCAGAGUUCAGCCAAGGCAGCAUCGGAUUCUCUUUGAAGUGUUUGAUGAAAACCGCUUGACCAGAGAUGAUUUUCUGGGCCUGGUGGAUAUUCCUCUUCAUCAUAUCCCGACUGAAAAUCCAAACUUAGACAGACCAUAUACAUUCAAGGAUUUUAUUCUCCAUCCUAGAAGUCAUAAAUCCAGGGUUAAAGGUCACCUUCGAUUAAAGAUGACCUAUUUGCCUAAAAGUAAUGCCUCUGAGGAUGAUGUUACAGAGCAAACUGAUGAAAUGGAGCCUGGCUGGGAAAUUCUGGACCAACAGGAUAUGACUGUCCAUAGUCAACCACCUCCUGCAUUGCCUAGUGGCUGGGAAGAGAAGCAGGAUAACCUGGGGAGAACUUACUAUGUCAAUCAUGAAACUAGAACAACGCAAUGGAUUAGACCAAGUUCCCAGGAUUGUGCAUCUGACUUGAAUCAUUGUCGAAAUAACAUCCAGCUGGAGGCACAGCGUAUAUAUAGUACACGCAGGCAAAUUUCAGAAGAAACAGAAACUCCUGAAAAUAGAGAUUCUCCAGAUGGCUGGGAAUUGAUUACUGAAGAUGAAACUGCAUUUAGCAGUUGCAAUCCCCAGUCACCCCCACCCCCCCAUACACCUACUGGACAAACUUCAUCCUUUGACUUGCAAAGUCAACUUGCAGAAGAACUUAAUCGGCGAUUUCAGGCGUCUGGGUGUACAGCUGCAGACCGUCGCAGUUCCAGUUCAAGUCAUUCCAGUAGACGUGGGAGUUCACAGACUACUCUGGAAGAACAGCCUGUGCUGCCAGUUAUUUUACCCACUUCGAUAGGGUUACCACCGGGUUGGGAAGAAAAGAAGGAUGACAAAGGAAGAACUUACUACGUUAACCACAAUAACAGAACCACCAGUUGGACAAGACCUGUUAUGCAGACCACCAGAGAAGCAGUGCAGCCAAAACCCAGUCGGAACCCCACGGUUUAUGUUCCUCACUCAGCAUCCCCUCAAGAUUCUCCAGAAAAUUCCCCAAGCCAUCAACGAAAAUAUGAGACUGGCUUUCUCCCUCCUGGAUGGGAAAUCCGAUCUGGAACCAAUGGUAGACCAUUCUUCAUUGAUCACAACACCAAAACUACAACAUGGGAGGACCCAAGAUUGAAGAUUCCAGUUCAUGUGAGGCAACGGCCACCAUUAGAUCCUUUAGAUCUUGGACCGCUUCCUCCUGGUUGGGAGGAGCGUGUGCACUCCGAUGGUCGGGUCUUUUACAUAGACCACAAUACCAAAGCUACUCAGUGGGAGGAUCCUCGUUUACAGAAUGCAGCCAUCACUGGGCCUGCUGUGCCUUACUCAAGGGAUUACAAGCAGAAGUAUGAUUAUUUCAGGAAAAAGCUGCGGAAGCCGACUGAUGGUCCAAAUCGAUUUGAAAUGAAGCUACGUCGUAACACAAUCUUGGAAGACUCUUACAGAAAAAUAAUGUCUGUAAAGAGAGUAGAAUUCCUUAAAGCCAGACUCUGGAUUGAGUUUGAUUCUGAGAAAGGAUUGGAUUAUGGUGGUGUUGCCAGGGAAUGGUUUUUUCUACUUUCCAAGGAGAUGUUCAAUCCAUAUUAUGGGUUGUUUGAAUAUUCUGCCACGGACAAUUAUACCUUACAGAUAAACCCAAACUCUGGACUAUGCAAUGAGGAGCAUGUGUCUUACUUCAAGUUCAUAGGUCGUGUAGCUGGAAUGGCGGUUUUUCAUGGGAAAUUGUUAGAUGGAUUCUUUAUCAGACCGUUGUACAAAAUGAUGCUUCAGAAGCCAAUAACAUUGCAAGAUAUGGAGUCAGUGGAUAGCGAGUAUUACAAUUCAUUGAUGUGGAUUCUUGAAAAUGAUCCUACUGAUUUGGAUCUUCGAUUUGUGGUUGACGAGGAGCUGUUUGGUCAGACCCAGCAACAUGAGCUGAAACCUAAUGGAUCAGAAAUAUUGGUUACAAACAAAAACAAGAAAGAGUAUAUUCACCUGGUGAUGCAGUGGAGGUUUGUCAAUCGAAUCCAGGAGCAAAUGAAUGCUUUUAAAGAGGGUUUCUUUGAACUGAUCCCACAAGAUCUCAUAAAGAUAUUUGAUGAGAAUGAAUUGGAGCUGUUGAUGUGUGGACUUGGAGAUGUGGACGUGAAUGACUGGAGGGAGAACACCAAGUACAAAAAUGGCUACAGUGCAAACCAUCCUGUCAUCCAGUGGUUCUGGAAGACUGUGCUGUUGAUGGAUUCAGAAAAGCGCAUUAGAUUCCUGCAGUUUGUGACUGGCACCUCACGAGUGCCCAUGAACGGAUUUGCUGAACUGUACGGAUCAAAUGGACCACAGUUAUUUACUAUUGAGCAGUGGGGAACACCUGAAAAAUUACCAAGAGCUCACACAUGUUUCAAUCGCCUGGAUCUGCCGCCUUAUGAAUCAUUUGAGGAGUUACGAGAGAAGCUUCACCUGGCAAUAGAGAACACUGAGGGUUUUGAUGGUGUGGACUGAGCGACCACAGCUGGUGGGUGUAGCUUGGUCACAUCAUGCAGCAAAUGGACUGAAAUAUGUAGCCAAUUAUCCAGCAUUGGAAUUGCCAGGUUAAUUCAUGUAUGUAGGAAAAGCUGUCUUUUUAUUGUUAAUAAAUAACUAACAGACCGAGUUUUCAGUAAACAUUUACAUAAUUUCCCAAACUUUUGUCUUUGAAGCUAUGAUUUGUGUUUUAUUUGUUAACUGUUGAAUAUUGCUUUGACACACUUAACUGUGAGGAUACAGUUAGUAUAGUUUAACUCAAAGUCCCAAUCACUUCAGUGACCUCAUGAUCCAGUAUCUGAUGCUUGAUGUUGUUCAGAAUUAAUUCUGUACAACACUCAUUAAGAUUCAAUAACCUGUGCUACUGUCAGUCACUCCUGUACCUUCUCCCCAGUCUUUAUUACCAUGUUUAGUCACUACAAUUUGGUCACUGAGGUGCCAAAUGUAGCUUAGUAACCUCAUAGUUUUAGGUAACAUAUGUAGCAUAAAUGUUAAGUUUUCCCAACAAUAAUUUUGUGUAGGUUAAAAGUUGCUGACAUUUAGUCAUACAGCUGCAACAACAACUGCAACCUUAACUCUAAAAAUAAAUGGGCAAAUUACUGUGAAUAUUGAAGGUAAACCUGUAGUCUGAAAGGAGGUUGAAGCUCUGGUGCCAAAUUUAGGUUUUGGAAUGUAAUUUGGUCACAAGCUACAAGGAUUUAGCUGAACUGUGUUUAUUUCUGAAACCUGUUUUGAUCUUCAUUUCAGAAAAUGUGAAUAUGAUCAAUAUGACUAUAAUUAUUGAUGCUUUCAAAAACAAUCUUGCAUUUUCCACUUGACCAUUGAUCUUCCUUUCUGAGGAUUCCAGAUGCUGUACUUAAUACUCAACAGAUGUUGGUUGCAGAGCUUAUGCUUGCAAGCUUACUUAAUUAUGGUGGCUUGUCUCUGUACACGGAGGAAGGAAGGAGGCUGCUGAAGAUUUGCUGGGUGUGCUAUGUUUACACAGUGGAUCAUACUCUACACUUUUUUAAAAUUUCCCCUUGUUACUGUUGUUUUACAAAUUAAGUUCAGUGUAACUUUUUUUUAGGACUCCAACAAGUUGAAAAAUCUAAAUUGUUUGAUGAAUGAAACCUGUACUCUGCGAUGCUUUUUUAUAGUGCAAAUUGUAAAUUGGACUUUGUGAAAAAAGGCAACCUAUUUUAUGGUGAAAUAAAAUAUGCCUGACAUCUUACAAGUCAAAAAAGCAUGAAGCAUAAACCUUAUCAAUGAAAAAACAAUUAAGUCUUCACUUUUAGAAAACAAGUACUCCUAUACAGUGGGUCAGAUCCAUUACCUGGACUUGACUUUUCUUACAUGGAUUAAUGUGUCUAAAUCAAACUGAUUGCAGGGUAGAAUACCAGCAAUCAGAGUUUUUGAGAAGUGCUGGCUUAAUCACGGAUAUAAUGACAAAGAUGUUGUUUCUGCCAGUUCAGGAUGCAGAAAAAUGAUUUGAAUAUUGUAACAAUUCGUCUUAAAUGCGGACUUCUAUGGAAGAGACUUCUUCAUAUAGUAUAACUAAUGACUAUUAAAGUUACCCUUCUUCAAUUAUAGUUUUGAGUAUAAGGCAUUUAUUAUAGGAUGCGUGUAUAUAUUACAAACCAUAGUGAUUCCAGAUUGUACAUCUACCAUAAAUUAUAUUUGUGUUCUGCACAAUAUAUAUUCACUUCGGAUUUGUAAAUAUCUUACGAAAAUAAUCCACUAACUUUUAUAGUUAUAUUAAAAAGAUGAUGCAUGCAUUAUUAUCUUUCAUAUUUAAGGUUGUAAUUUAGAAUAGAAUUUGAGACAGAAGAGUUGAUGGAAACAAUUUUGUAAAUACAUUGUGUACUUACGAAGAAAUGAAUUAAAUUCAGUUGGAAAAUGGAUUUUGUGUAUGACACUGGGGAAGUUGAUGUAUGAAGUCUAUUUAUAAUAAAACACUUUUCA